AUGUCUAACGUAAAAAUUAAGGUUAUAAGUCGAAAUCCUGAAGAUUAUUUAAGAUCUACGAAACGAGAUAUCCACAAAAUACCAAGGAAUUAUGAUCCAAGCUUACAUCCUUUAGAAGCUCCUCGUGAAUAUGUUAGAGCUUUAAAUGCUGUAAAGCUUGAAAGAGUGUUUGCAAAACCUUUUAUUGGUAAUCUUGAUGGCCACAGAGAUGGAGUAUCUACAAUGGCAAAACAUCCUAGUAAACUUGCGGUAUUAGCAAGUGGAGCUUUCGAUGGUGAAAUAAGAAUUUGGGAUUUGGCAAUCAGGAAAUGCUCACGAAAUUUUGUUGCACAUGAGGGAUGGGUUCGUGCUAUUUGUUAUGCACCCAAUGGUGAAACUUUCACAAGCGUUGGUGAUGAUAAAACAAUAAAAACUUGGAAAUCUCAAGUUCAGUCUCCUGAAGACGAAGAACCUCUUAACACUUUGCUGAGCAUGUCUGUGGUGUCAGGUAUAACUUACCAUAGAGUUAAACCAAUUUUUGCUACUUGUGGUGAACAUUGCCAAUUAUGGGAGAACACAAGAAAUGAACCAGUUAAAGUCUUUAAAUGGGGAGUGGACAGUCUUCAUCAUGUUGCAUUUAAUCAGAUUGAAAACAAUUUGUUAGCUUCAUGUGCAAGUGACAGAAGCAUAAUUCUAUAUGACUGUAGAGAAUCUGGACCAUUACGGAAAGUUGUGAUGGAGUUAAGAUCAAAUGCGCUUUCCUGGAAUCCAAUGGAAGCUUUUAUAUUUACAGUUGCUAAUGAAGAUUAUAACCUAUAUACAUUUGAUGUUAGAAAAUUAAAUCAACCUGUAAAUAUUCACAUGGAUCACACAUCAGCAGUUAUAGAUGUGGAUUACUCGCCAACUGGUAGAGAAUUUGUUGCUGGUAGUUAUGACAAAACUGUAAGAAUAUUUGAAAGUCUCAAGGGCCAUUCUAGAGAUGUUUAUCAUACAAAGAGAAUGCAAAGGCUUACUUGUGUCAAGUGGUCUUUAGAUAAUAAAUAUAUAUUAACAGGGUCAGAUGAAAUGAACAUUAGAAUGUGGAAAGCAAGGGCAUCUGAAAAACUUGGUGUUCUUAAACCUCGCGAACGCACAGCACUUCACUAUGCUGACGCUUUGAAAGAGAAGUUCGGCAAUCAUCCGCAAAUAAAACGGAUAGCUCGACACCGGCACGUACCAAAACAUAUUCUUAACGCACAAAAGGAACUCCGAACAAUACGGGAGAAGACAAAGAGGAAAGAAUCAAAUCGUCGUAUACACAGUAAACCCGGCAGUGUACCGCACGUGCCUGAACGUAAAAAGCAUGUCGUUAAAGAAGAUGAGUAA